AGUGUAGCCCCAGAAGUGCCACCUGUCAGUGCCCAUCAAUGCCACCUGCCAGUGCCCAUCAGUGCCUCCUAUCAGUGCCAGUCAGUGCCACCUAUCAGUGCCAGUCAGUGCCGCCUAUCAGUGCCAGUCAGUGCUGCCUAUCCGUGUGCAUCAGUGCCGCCUAACAGUGCCAGUAAGUGCCGCCUAUCAGUGCCAGUAAGUGCCGCCUAUCAGUGCUGCCUCUCAGUGCCCAUCAGUGAUGCCUGUCAAUGCCCAUCAGGG